GAUGUUCUAAGUAAUUAGGGCUUGUUGGGUAGUAUGGUCGCUGACUAGCAGUAAUAGUGCCCUGCUUGCUGCCAGGCUAGGGCUCCAGCACAUGUACCGUUACACAAUGCCCCUAGUACACUUGGAUCGUCUAUAACAAUGUCUAGCUCCACUGGACAAAAAAAAGGCCCUUUGCGGCAGCGCAAAUGUGGAUUCUGCAGAUCCAACAGAGAAAAAGAAUGUGGACAGCUACUGAUAUCCAGCAACCAAAAGGUGGCAGCACAUCACAGAUGUAUGCUGUUUUCUUCAGCUCUGGUAUCAUCACAGUCUGACAGUGAGAAUCUUGGAGGCUUUUCAAUAGAAGAUAUCCAAAAGGAGCUUAAGAGAGGAAGAAAGCUGAUGUGCUCACUUUGUCACUGCCCAGGAGCCACAAUUGGUUGUGAUGUUAAAAGCUGCCAUAGAACCUACCAUUAUCACUGUGCCCUGCGUGACAAAGCUCAUAUUCAGGAAAAUCCAUCACAAGGAAUGUAUACGAUUUUUUGUAGAAAGCAUAAGGAACAGGUGCAAAAUUCAGAUGAUGAAUUAGAAGGUAGUUUUACACGCAGAGGUUUGGCUCCUCAACGUGGUCGAGGAAGAGGGUCCAGAGGAAAAUCACGGACAUCAAAUUCUAGAGGGCAGUCUGAGGAGAGCAGACUUUCAUCUUUACAUUGUACAGAAGAAACUGAAAGCAGCUCGAGUAGAGAUCGUUCCCCGCACAGAAGCAGUCCAAGUGACACUAGACCUAAAUGUGGUUUCUGUCAUGCAGGAGAUGAAGAGAAUGAGACAAGAGGCAAGCUCCAUGUAUUUAAUGCAAAAAAGGCAGCGGCUCAUUACAAAUGCAUGCUUUUUUCCUCUGGUACAGUCCAGCUCACCACAACAUCAAGGGCAGAAUUUGGAGACUUUGAUAUCAAAACUGUGAUCCAAGAAAUGAAACGUGGAAAGAGAAUGAAGUGUACACUUUGUGGGCUACUAGGUGCAACAAUCGGUUGUGAAAUUAAGGCCUGCGUGAAGACAUAUCACUACCAUUGUGGGGUGGAAGACAAAGCUAAAUAUAUUGAAAACAUGUCACGGGGAAUUUAUAAACUUUAUUGUAAAAAUCACAGUGGAAAUGAUGAAAGAGAUGAAGAGGAUGAGGAACGUGAAAUCAGAAGCAAGGGCAAUGCAACAGUAGGGCACAGUCAGAGCACUGUGCAGCAACUCAAUGGAAACUAAGGAUCAAAACUGUCAGAUAAAGCAGUGCCCAGUCUGCCAGUUCUGGGAAUGCAGACACAGUUUCAGUUUCCCAGAUAAAAGUGAUAUAUUUAUCUAGGAUUGUGAAAAGGACUGCGGGGAAAUGGGAAACAUGUAUUUUUUUCACCUGUUAGUGAUAAUUUGAUAAUCACAAGAAGGGCAGCAGUUGUUAUCCUACAUAUGUCUUGGUUUGUACCCAUUGGUUACUUUUUUAUGCUUUAGGAAUUUCACAUGUUUAAAGUAGUCUGAAGCCAAUGGAAAGGGUUAGACAGGCUAUCUCACUGCUGUUAAACCUAUGGCUGUGCUGCUAGAUGCUUACUGUUGACAUAGCACAACAUAGCUAUUUACUUCCUUUAUUUGAAAGCUGGCCAGCAACAUGCUGCAAGAUAUUUCGGGGAGACUUUGGUACUGUUUGGCAAUGGUGCCCCCACACAGCUCAGUUUGUAAAUGUAAACAAUGUGGGCUGUUAAUAAUGACCAUCAUACACGUUAAUAUUUGUCUUUUGUUCUGGGGUAAUGUAUCUUUACCUUUAUUACACAAUAUGAAUACAUGGUGUAUCAUUGCAAAGCGUUUGGCUGAUCGCAACUUUAAUGUUCUAGUUUUAGGGAAAAUAAAUUCCAAAAUCUGGAGUUUGAAUGA